AUGGAGACGUCAAUUGCCUCACAACUACAGAGACUAUAUAGUGGGAAAUAUGAUGGUAUUUUCUUCUGUCAUCAUUUUAAGAAAUUACAAGCACCAUGGCUACUGCAAAAGCUCUUGAACUUGCAUUCUAGGGAGUUGGUUCUAAACUUUUUUCACUUAACACCUCGUAGAGGGCUUGAAAUAUGGAGAAUUGAAAACUUUCAACCAGUUCCUUUGCCAAAAUCAGAUUGUGGUCGAUUCUACAUGGGUGAUUCAUACGUUGUCAUGCGGGAUGAAGCUGGAACAACUACAAUAGAAACAGUUGAGCUUGAUACGAUUCUUGGAGGGCAUGAGUGUAACAUAGAGAGAUUUAAAGUCAUGAAUCUGAUAGAUUCUUGUCAUAUUUCAAACCAUGUAUUCUGCCACUUGAAGGUGGUGUUGCAAUUGGAUUCAAAAAACCUGAAAAAAUGGAAUUUGAAACAAGAUUAUGUGUUUAUCUUGGAUACUAAAGAGAAGAUCUUACAAUUCAAUGGAGCAAACUCAAACAUUCAAGAAAGAGCUAAAGCUCUCGAGGUAGCAACCACUACUUUUGAUUGGAUCAUCAUCACCUCACCUGAAGCUGAGAUAGAGAAGGAGAAGGAUAUUGAGAAGAUGGAUUAUGAAACUGAGUCUCCAGAGGAUAAAGAGGAGCAUGGGCUAGGGCUACAUACUGUUGAUAUAGUGAUGGAAGAAAAUGCACAUGGUGAUGAUACAGCAGAAGAAGAUGUUUGUAAGAAUGAUGACAGCAACACUGAACAUGUGUAUUCAGCAUCUGAAAAGGAAUAG